AAAAAUGGAAGAAAAUAAAAUUUUUAUUAAUGUUGUUAGUAUACCAAGAGAAAUUCUUAUAGAUAUAUUAUCAUUAUUGGAUCCAAAAUCUUUGUCAAAUUUAUCAAAAACCUGCAAAUUCUUUUACGAAUUUUGUAAAUUUGAUUUCUUUUGGUUAAAUAUGUGCAAAGAGUUUGGAAUAGAUAAACUUGGAAAUUUUCCCAAUUUUUACACUAUGUAUACAGGAAUAUUGUACAAAUAUGGCUGGUUGAUUGGAUAUUGGGCAGGAAAUAAACCCAUAAACGGUUCACUAUUACAUUUAAAAUUUGAUCCAUAUAAAUUAAGUAUAAUAGCGUGGAAAUUAGAAGCCAUUAAUAAAUCAUUAAGUGGUGUUCCCUGGUCAAAAAAUUUUUCAGUAAGAUUGGUACAUGCUGAACCAAAAUUUACAUAUCAAAUGUUAUUUUGCGUACAAUAUGACAAUAGCAAGCAUAAAUCCAAAAUUAUAAGAAGUAAUUUAUUAUAUGACGAAGAAGAUAACAACGAUGAGGAAUUUAUAAUCAGGAAAGCUAUAUUUGAAAAACACCAUGAGAGUGAAUUAUGGAAACGAGAAGAAGAAGAAAUUUAUCAGGAAAGUAUUAUUGGACAACAAAAUUGCUUUUCAUUUGAAGAUGAGAAAUUUUUUAAAUUUUGGACUCCGAAAGAUAAUCAAAAAGAAAAUAAACGGUUUGAUGGGAUUUGGGUUGGUGAUUAUGGAGGACACGGGAUAGAAUUUUUAUUAUUAAAAUACGAAAUUAGUGGUUGUCUUUUCGCGACAAAAAUUACUGGCGAUAUUAAUGUACCUCGUGGUGAAAUUAGUUGGAAAUGUAAUUUGGAUGAUCAGUUAAGAAUUUGUGAUGAAAGAGAAUGGAAUGGUAAAAUUUCCUAUCGUGCUAAAUCUAAAAUUGCUUAUGGAGGUUUUAGAAAUCCCUCCGAAAUUGACUCCGAAGUUAUCAUUGUUUCAAAUGACGAAUUGGCUGUUUAUUGGUAUGAUUUAAGAAGUAUAACUACUUUCGUUAGAGUUAUUUAAAGAAAUGAGUAACAAUUAGAGUGUCCAAGAAUCCUGUGAUGGAUAAUCCGAAUAAAAAUUACAGAGUAUUCGGAUUAUCCUUGGCUUACUGGCGCAGCAAUUAUCCGCAUUUUAUUUAAUUCAAAUUUAUUACAAUUUUGCUUGUUAAAUAAUGUGUCUAAUUUUACUUAAUCAAUUAAAUAUACUAUCAACCGUGUUACCAUUUCUUUUAAGAAAUGUUAACGCUUCAAACAAGUCUUCUUUCAUUGAACUGUCAUUAUGACUUUAUUAUAUAUAUAGCUUCAUUCAUGUUAUCUACCGUUCACAGUCACUUGUGACAUAAU